AUGAACUUUUAUGAAGUAGUUUUACAUAUCCUAAUGAGAAUUAAGAAGGACAGUCUCGCAUUUCGUUUUAUAUAUCGUAUUUAUAAUACCAACUGCUUUGGUGCAUGGUAUACUAAGCGACAACUAAACAGAGUUCAUGAAAAGCAUCCAAAUGGACAUUCCUCAGCUGCCACAUUUACAUAUGGAGAUAUCACUGUAACAGCAGUUCCACAAAACAGUGAUAACUACAGUUAUAUGAUUAUGUGUGGUUCAACUAAUGAUUGCGUUGUUAUCGAUGUUGGCGAUGCACAGCCUAUACUGCAGUGUUUGAGCGAUGAAAAUAAGAUACCUCAAGCAGUACUUGUCACUCAUAAACACUGGUAUGUUCGAAACGAAGCUUUAAUCCAAAUUGGGAAGUUGCAUUUCAAAGCACUGCACGUUCCUGGACACACCGCUGGCCAUAUGAUUUAUGCUUUGCAGUUAAAUGAUGAACUCAAAUGUUUGUUCACGGGAGACUUCCUGUUUAUCGCCGGAAUAGGUAAAAUCUUCGAAGGGAGCACUUCACAAAUGAUCAAUUCCUUAUUGAUGCUGAAUGAUUUUCCACCAGAUACCAUCAUCUUCCCUGGUCAUGAAUAUGCAAAGCUCAAUUUAUCUUUUGCUUUGUCACUGGAAAAAGAUAAUGAGAUGCUGAAAGCAAUGAGCAAAGCAGUACUUGAAAAACGGAUCGCUCGCUUGCCCAUCGUUGGAGUCACCCUCGGUGAUGAAUACAAGAUCAAUCCUUAUUUACGCACCUGUUCUUUAAAAUUUCGGAAAGCUUUAGUUGUUGCUGGUUACAAUGUGCCUACGGAAGCAAAAGUAGUCAGUGAUCAAGACGUUGAUGAAGUAAAGGACAGCUCGAUGGAAGCCCGUAUUGCCGUUUUCGAUGCUUUAGAAAAAGCUAAAAAUGAUUUUACAGAUGAACUCGUAAAGCAAAUAGAACGAAAACGUCUUAAGAGCGUCCGUAACAACGCGCAGGUUUCGUUUUCAAGUUAA